AGCUGGGGGCGGCGGCGGAGAGGCCGGCCCCACGAGGGGGCAGCCCGGCUGGGGCGAGGUGUGGACGGCGCGGGAGCCAUGAGCGGCUGAGCGGGACGGCCCGACGCAUUCGUGCCCGCACGGCCAUGGCGCGGCUCUGGGGCAGCCUCUGCUGCCUCCUGGCUGGGGUGGCCUCCACCAACUACCCGCCCCGCUACAGCCUCUACACCGGGGGGGCCACGCCGCUGAGCCAGGGCCCCCCCGCUGCCCAGGGGAGCCCGCAAGCCCAGCCCGGCGCCCGGGCCUCCAGCCGCCACAGGAACUGGUGCACCUACGUGGUGACGCGCACGGCGAGCUGCAUGGUGGAGGACGGCGUGGACACCUUCGUCAAACCCGACUACCAGCCCUGCGGGUGGGGGCAGCUCCAGUGCCCGCGCAUUGUGACCUGGGGCUCUUUCCUGAGGCCCCGCUAUAAGGUGGCCUAUAAGACCGUGUCACAUGGAGUGGAAAUGCUGCCAUGCUACUCGGGUGACGACUGCCUGGAGCCCAGCCCCGGCCCUUCUCUCACACCACCGCCCAGCCCCAAGCCCGGCCGCCACACUCUCUGGAUUUGGGAACCCCUGAGCGGCCUGGGCGGAGAAGGCCGGGGAGAGGCGGAGAAGGUGAAGCAGCUGGAGGAGAAGGUGCAGAGUCUGAGCAAGCAGCUGCAGGACCUCCAGGCCACCACGGAGAAGCUGCUGCAGGAGGGGCACCAGGCAGUGGAGCUGUCGCUCAACAGGAAGCCGCCAGCCGACGCGGCCGCCCAGCCCGAGAUGAAGGAGACCCUCAACGAAAUCCAGAGGCAUCUGCAGCGCCUGGACAACCGCAUCUCCAGCCAUGACGCUGAGCUGACCAACCUCAGCAACGGGCAGGGGCCGGGGGCCCCGCCAGGAGGGGCCCUGCUCCUGCAGGAGGUGGAGCGGCGGGUGCAGGAGUCCUGCGCCACCUGCCUGGCGGGCAGUGAGGGCCUGCGGCGGCUGCAGGCUGAGGACCGCGAGCGCAUGCGGGGCCUGGAGAAACUGAUCAGCUCUGUGGACCAGCGCAACCGGGAGGCAGUGGAGAGCAUCCAGCGGCACGUGAGCGGCCUGGCAGGGCGCCUGCCCAAGGACUGCUGCUCCCAGCUGGAUGAGCUGCACGGCAGGGUGGGUGACCUGGAGCGGGGGCUGGACCGCGUCUCUGGCUCCUUCGCCAUCCUCAAUGGGCGCCUGGACCACGAGCUGGCUAGUCUGGAGCCGGCGGGGGCGGGGCAGGCGCUGGAGGGCCGGCUGGUGGAGAUGGAGGGGCGUCUGAAUGCCACCCAGCGCCGCCUGGAGGAGCACCAGGCCCAGCAGCUGCCCCACCUGCAUGACCACCUGGCGGGGGAGCUGAGCAGGCGGCUCAGUGGGGCCGAGGGGGAGCUCGCCAACAUGGCCAGCCAGCUGAGCGGCUUCCAGGCCCACGUGCAGCAGGCCCUGGCCAACCUGAGCCACGACGUGGAGACGCUGAAGGACAGCGUGGCUCAGAGUGUGGCUACGGUGACGGAGCAGCAGGGCCCGGGUGUGGGGUGCAGCCAGCCCUGCCCCACGCCCCAGGCCCCCUCCCUGGGCAGCCAGGACUCGCAGAUCAGCGACAUCCUCAGUGAGCUGGAGCGCCAGGUGCAGGAUAAUGACGUGCAGCUGCGGAGCCUGAGCUCCAGCCUGCACCAGGUCAGCAGCUCCAGGGACGAGCUGGCUGACUCCGUGCGGGCCCUGCAGGCCGAGGGGAAGAAGCUGUGGGAGCUGGUGGGGGCGAACGGGGAGUCGCUAGGGCGCCUGACAGCCGAGAUCGACAAGCUGGAGAGCCAGCUGUUGGGCGCAGGGGGCAGCGCCACCGACCCUAGCGCCAAGGACCUGGCGCUCUACUUCAACCGCACGGGGGCACGGCUGGGCCAGCUGGAGGCCGAGCUGAGGGGGCUGAGCGGCACGGUGCAGGCUGAGCAGCACAGCUGCAGCCAGGCCUGCACCGCCCUGCAGGAGGAGGUGGGCCGGCUGCGCGGGGAGGUGGCGGCCUGCACUGGCGCUUGCCCGCUGCUGCCCAGGAAGCCGGAGCAGGGCCGGGAGCCCGUGGAGGCCCACAAGCCCCUGGACGGCUUCAGCGUCUUCGGGGGCACAUCGGCCGUGGACCUGAAGUCGCUGCAGGGCGAGCUGUCCGAGGUGAUCCUGAGCUUCAGCUCCCUGAACGACACACUGCGUGGGCUGCAGAGCACCGUGGACAAGCACCAGACCGACCUCCACGAGCUGGGCUCCACCAAGGACCGCAUCAUCGCCGAGAUCAACAAGGUGCAGGCUGAGGCCACAGAGCGCACGGCCGAGAGCGAGGAGCGGCUGGAGGGGGUGACGCGCCAGCUGCACCAGCUGGGGGGCACGCUGCGGAGCGAGGCCGGGGAGUGCCGGCGUGCGGCCGGCGGCCUGGAGCAGCGGCUGGCCAAGCUGGAGGGUGUCUGCGAGCGGCUGGACGCCGUCUCCGGCAGCCUGCGCAAGGUCAAGGAGGUAAGCAAGCACAUGACGGGGCUGUGGGGCUGCCUGCAGGAGGUGAACAGCACCCUGCGCACCCACGGCGGCCUGCUCGACAAGCUGCAGGAUGCCCACCUGGGCACCAUCCACCCCCGCCUGGGCACCCUCAACGCAUCCCUGCUGCGCCUGCAGGGCGAGGUGCAAAACCUCACGCGCCUGGACCUGGCAGGACCCCCCGGCCCACCUGGACCCGAAGGCCCCAUGGGAAGAUCAGGUCCCUCAGGGCCAGCAGGGCCCUCAGGCAAGGAUGGAGAACAAGGCCCGUGGGACCCUCCAGGGCUCCCUGGCGAGCAAGGCCCGGUGGGCGAGGCGGCCAUAGUGCCCAGAGUCGCCUUCUCGGCUGCGCUGACAUCCCGGCACGUGGAGCCCGGAACCGUCCCCUUCGACAGGCUGCUGGUGAAUGACGGGGAUGCCUACGACCCCUACUCCGGUGUCUUCACUGUGCCCGUGUCCGGGCGGUACUUCAUCAGCGCCGUGCUGACGGGGCACCGGAACGAGAAGGUCGAGGCCGUGCUGUCGCGCUCCAACCAGGGCAUCGCCCGCAGCGACUCGGGCGGCUACCAGCCCGAGGGCCUGGAGAACAAGCCGGUGGCCGAGAACCAGCCCAGCACGGGCUCCCUGGGCGUCUUCAACCUGCUGCUGCAGCUGGAGGCCGGCGAGACGCUCUGCGUGGACCUGGUGACGGGCCAGCUGGCCCACUCCUCCGACGAGCCGCUCACCGUCUUCAGCGGGGUGCUGCUGUACCCCAGCCCGGGGGACGAGGCCGGCUAGUCCCUACCCCACUGUGACGCUGCCCCUGGGCACGGGGGGGGCCCAGCUGCAUCCUGGGCCCGGCCCCGCAGCACCCUCGCCCUAGGGGGGUGCAAAGGCUGUGCCCCAUCAGAGCCGGGGGCAGGGGGAUCCCCCACCGCAGUUGGCCUGGCUUCUCCGGGGAGCUGCAGGAGACGUGGCCCCUGGGCAUGGGGGGGAGGGGAGCCCAGGCUGGCAGCCCCCCCCUCCCCGAGCAGGGCAGCCUUGCCCUGAAUGAGCUGGAGGGCUCCUGCCGCCCAGGCCCUGCCUUGAGCGGCCCCCAGGUCCCUCACUGCUCCCAGCUAUCCCCCCACCCAGCUGAGGGGCCCAGGGGGCUCGUGGCCAGGGCUCCCCAGGGGCCAGCCACGGACACGUCUCCUGCAGGCCGGCUGGCUGCUGCGGGGGGCUCCAGGGACGCUCCAGGCUGUGAUCCCUGCAGGGAUGCCCAAGGCCCGGGGUGGGGAUCCCCCUCCCCUGAAGCCAGGCCCCUCCCCGACCCACAUCGACUGGCACCUCCCUGUUAUUUAUCAUCCUGUCGCACCCAUUCCUACCCUGCUGCCCGCCCUGAGGGGCACCCCCUGCCACGCCCCUGCUACACAGCUCCUGCUCACCACCUCAGCCCCUCUCCACCCCUGGGCAGACCCCAGCCACUCCCACGCCAGGGCCCUGGGGCACGCAGGACUGGGGGGCGCCAGGCCCCGACCCCGCACAGAUGGCACCAGAGAAAAGCCAGCGGGCAGCAGUGCCCGCUGAGGGAGCCGUGUGAGGGAGGGUCCCGUGGAUGGCUCUGCGGGCAGUGGUGCCCUACCCUGGCACCGGCCAGCUCUGCUCAGGCAUCUAUUUCAUGUAUUAAUAAAGAAAAGUCACUGUGUUUUGUA